GAGCGAGGACCGUGUUGUUAAUGGCACGGGACGGGACGGUGCAAAACAUUUAUACCAUAAACACGUUGGGACGUUACGGAGCUGACUGACACCUUUUCAUUGCAACAACCGGACCCCGGAGAAAAAUGGCAUAUCAUAAUUUGGGUCAAUUACAAGCUUUUAGCGGUGUUGUCUGUCAUAGUUCUUGAUUGUUUUAGUCUAGGAAGAAGACCAAGAUUUUACGUGCCAAAAAAAGGGGUCCGAAUUUGAUGUAGUUGUGUGCACUUAUGUUUGCGAUUCUUACCCACAUCUCAAGGACCCUGUAAAGGCACACAAUAACAGGGUGACUGUUGCGACUAAGGGACAUCAUGUUUGACUGUAUGGAUGUGCUAGCGGUGAGCCCGGGACAAAUGUUGGAUUUCUACACUUCGCGUCCCUCUUCGUGCAUGCUACAAGAGAAGGCACUGAAAGCGUGCUUCAGCGGGCUCGCUCAGAGAGACUGGCAACACCGCCGGAGCGCACAGUCCAUCGAGACCCAGAGCACCAGUUCUGAGGAGCUGGUCCCAAGUCCCCCGUCCCCCCUGCCCCCGCCCCGCGUCUACAAGCCCUGCUUCGUGUGCCAGGACAAGUCCUCGGGGUACCACUAUGGUGUCAGCGCCUGCGAGGGCUGCAAGGGUUUUUUCCGUAGAUCCAUCCAGAAGAACAUGGUCUACACGUGUCACCGGGACAAGAACUGCAACAUCAACAAAGUGACCAGGAACCGCUGUCAGUACUGCCGGCUCCAGAAGUGCUUUGGCGUGGGCAUGUCCAAAGAGUCUGUCCGGAACGACCGCAAUAAGAAGAAGAAGGAGAGUCCCAAGCCAGAGCUGACAGAGAACUACGAGCUGAGUGCAGAACAAGAGGCCAUCAUAGAGAAGAUACGCAAGGCUCAUCAGGAAACCUUCCCAUCGCUCUGCCAGCUGGGGAAAUACACCACGAAGUCGAGUGCGGAACAACGCGUGAGGCUGGACCUGGGGCUGUGGGAUAAGUUCAGUGAGCUGGCUACUAAGUGCAUUAUAAAGAUCGUGGAGUUUGCCAAACGAGUACCUGGUUUUACAGGACUCACCAUAGCUGACCAGAUCACGCUGCUUAAAGCUGCCUGCCUCGACAUACUGAUUCUGCGUAUCUGUACCCGUUACACUCCGGACCAGGACACCAUGACCUUCUCAGAUGGGCUGACCCUGAACCGGACCCAGAUGCACAACGCAGGCUUCGGCCCGCUCACCGACCUGGUGUUCACCUUCGCCCACCAGCUGCUGCCCAUGGAGAUGGACGACACAGAGACAGGCCUGCUCAGCGCCAUCUGCCUCAUCUCUGGAGACCGGCAGGACCUGGAGGAGCCCUCUAAGGUCGACCAGCUCCAGGAGCCUCUACUGGAAGCUCUGAAGAUCUACGUGAGGAAGAGGAGGCCCAGCAAGCCACACAUGUUCCCCAAGGCCCUAAUGAAGAUCACCGACCUCCGCAGCAUCAGUGCCAAAGGUGCGGAGCGGGUCAUCUCGCUGAAGAUGGAGAUCCCUGGCUCCAUGCCUCCUCUGAUCCAGGAGAUGCUGGAGAACUCAGAGGGACAAGACGGCCAGAGCAGCACCCAGGGCGAGGAUAGCAGCAGCCCCAAGAAGGGCACUCCUAAGGGGGGUACGGGGGUUAAACCCUCCCCUGCGUCCCCUGACCCCUCAGACAGCGAUGGGCCCAUAGUGGCCCCUGAGGAGGAAGAGGACCCCUAGGUCCCCGUGGAACUCAAGGGCCUCUCAGACAGACACUCUCUCUAUCUGACAUUCCUUUGCACAAAAACAGCCAGGCAUGGUGGACCCCCUCUCCUCCUCCCCUCAGGCCUUCGGUCCCUUGGUGACCACCACCUUUGCUUGUUCUUAUGUUUUCCUUUACGUUUGUUCUUUCCUUCUCUCUCUUUAUCUCUUCAUUUCCCCUUAAAAAACGACAGCACUAAGGCCUAAAAGGACCAGUUGUUGGUUUGUGUAUAAUUCUAAAUUGAUUGAGGUUGUGUCUCGGGACUAGGGUGUGAUUGGUCGAGUUGGGUUUGACCCCGUCUGGCCACACCCACUUACCUGUACACAAAGGUCAUAGGUCAUCCUCCUCAGGUCUCCUGUGUAAAUUCAUCCCUGCAUGACGGGCUUGCCGAGUUUAAUGCGUGGUUUUAAUCUCCCUCUCUCUCUCAUAUUGUUGAAUACAUUGUACAUACCAUUGUAUGGUUAGAAAUCUCUGUUUCAAUGAUGAAUUUUGUGGUGCUUUUUUCAUUGUCUUAAAUAUUAUAGUUUGAGGCGAAACAGUACGUACAUGACAAGGUUUAAAGGGGGGCCUAAAAUAUAAGGUCCUUUACAAAAACAGUUACAUAGAAUGUUCUCGCAUAUAGACAGUCUGGAGGACUAAUACUUUAUAUUUGUUCCUAUAUUUAAUGUUUGUUUUUUGGUCUUUUAUGACUCUUUAUGUUGAUGUCUCGUUGAGUGUACAUUGCAUUCACCAUAAAGCCCGUUAGAGGUUUCUCUCCCGUAUCAGCGGCUGCAUCUCUUCAGCUGUUUCCUCAAGGGGCGAAGCAAGACUGUCGAAGCCAUAGAUAUACAAUGACUAGAUUGAAUCUAGAUGUUCAAUUACUAGAUUGGAUCUGUCUACCGCAGAUAACAGCUUGUAAUGUAAUGUACAGGGUUUCUGAGGCUAAAAGGCUUCUGAGAUUUGAUCAGAAAAUGACAUUCCAAGAGACAAACCAAGCAGUCUUAACCAGUGAAAUCUCUCUGCUUAAAGAUAAGGGUUGAGCAACACUCAUUGACAAAGACUUUAUUUAACCCAAACUUGCACCACUGAGAAAUUGAACUGU